AUGAUGUAUGAUUUUCCAAUUGUACCGAGUUGUUAUAGUAAUGAUGUUGGUGUAAUCACUGCACAGAAUGCAUCACAUCAUGCAAAUAUAGUCCAUAAUAUACCUAGUACCAGUAACAAUGUACAAUACCUUGGACACGAGCUUGGACAUAAUGCAUCAUUGAUAGAGAAUAAUAUGGUGACUCUUAGCGUUCCAACUCAAAUUAAAUCAAGUACUGUGGAUAAUACUAAUAAACAAUGCAGAAAAAAAAUAUCCACAGAUACAUUAAAGAAGUUAUCCCAAGCUAUAGCAUUUAUCUUCCCUAAUGAAAGCAAAGAAACAUAUUAUACCCCCUACAAAAAAUUAAAACUUACUCCUGCUCGUGGGAAAUUAUGGGAUAAAUACUGUAAUAUACGAAGGGAAAUCAGAAAUAGCACAAAACAAUCAGAUGGUAUAACAAAUAAAUUGGAUACAACAAGUCAAGAACAAUUAGCUAUAAAUAAUAAAGAACUAUAUGAAGAAGAUAUAUUAUGGUUAAAGAACAAUACUGCUCCAUGGGACAUAGUAAAUAUAAAAUGUAAAAAUACAUUUCAAACAAGAUUUAAUUCAUUGGUUAACGGAGUAGAAAACAAUUCUUACCUAACUGAUUAUCCUGCACUUAAAAGUUCACUUGGGUUUACUUUGAUUGAAUUGGAUUUUGAAGAAAUAUAUCCAGGAAAAAAUCUUGUAUUGUACAAUAAGUUUGAAGUAUUCAAAAAUAAACUGCCAACAUAUGUAAAAAAAUGUAACAUCAAGGAAGUUGACCAACAAGUUGAUGUAAUCCAAAACUCUUUUGAAUUAGGAAAUGUUGUGACUAUUGCUGCUCUUAAAAUUUUUGUUCAGUUAUUUAAGCCAGUUACUGUGUCAAAACGAACAAACGCUGGGAGUUCAAAAAAUAGCUAUUUCAGACCGUCUAAACUUGAAAUACAGCAGUCAUUUUUAUACUACAUCAGUAAUGUAUCGCAGUUAAAAGAAGUUGAUGAUGCCAAAUCAAAUAGGGCCUACGGAAUAGGACAAAAAUUGCAACCAUAUAUGAUAUUUGUUGAAACUGGUGAUGGGCAAGUGAUCUCUUUUUAUGUUGUAAUUAACAAAUACUUUUACAAGGUCGAAAGUGCACUAAAAGCAGUAGAUAUUUGCUUCAAAUCUUUUUUUUCAUUUCAUUUAAACUAUACCCCUGAAUGUGAACAAAUAUGGAACUUCAUUCAAAAAUAUAUGUAUAAUAUUGAAACUAAAUAUGAUAAAAAUUUUCAAUCCGUCAAUAGUAUGAUCAAUGACUUAAAUAACUGUUAG